CAUCAAUGAACCAAUCUUCACGACACAUCGCCCAUCUAUUUCUCGAAUCUCAAACACACCUGAAAUAAAUUUAAUGUUUAAUCACCAACCGUACACGCGCUCCCGCUCAUAGCCACCCUCAGAACCAUCCCAUACUCUCAACCCCUCCUCGCGUCGCGCUCACUUGCGCCUGAUCAAAAGAUGUCUUCACCACCCCCAACGACGCCCAACCCGCUCAACCCGCGGAAGCGGCCUUCAAUCUCGUCUGUAGCAUCCGGUGCGGCGAAGCGGCCGCGCAUGCACCCUCUUCGCCAGACCUCCUUUCCCACAGGCAUGGAACCGGGGGCUAGUCGCGCUGCUAGUGAUGCAGGCAGCGUCACGGGCAGUUUUACAGGUAGUUUGGGUGGUAGCAUUGCCGAUGGGCCAAGGAAAAGGGGCCGCAAGAAGAAGAAUGAUGCCGGCGCCGACGGUCGCAGUACGAGAUUCGGUUCGAUAGACCCGGAUGCAGCCUCCGUGCGCGACGGCGCUGGGGGAGGCGCUGGUGGUGCUGUUGACGAGGCUGGGGAGGAAGAGGAAGAGCAAGAUGUUGAAGGUGAACUUCUCGAUGGAACUGAGGGGUUUCUCGAUUAUGCGACGGAGAAGAAGAAUCUAGCAGUCUUGACGAACUCUUUUACGCCGCUUCAAGCGGAUCGAUAUGAGAAAUGGAACCGUACGAGGUUACGAAAAGAGACUCUGCGAAGGAUUGUCAACCAUGCUUUGUCACAGUCCGUCCCGCAGAGUGUUGUGACGGUUAUCAAUGGAUUUUCGAAGGUUUUUAUUGGUGAAAUCGUCGAAAAGGCUCUCGCCGUACAAGAUGAAUGGGCGGAUGCGUAUGAUAUAGCUGCCAUGGAUGCGUGGAUACAAGAACAGGCAGAUAUCGACGCUGCCGCAGCGAAGAAGGCGCGCGCAGAAGCAGAUGCAGCCGAGAAAUCAAGAACAGAGGCUGGUAAGAGCGAGUCGAGGCCAUCAUCGGAAUCGAAAGAAGGCGAGGCGCAGAACAAUGGAGUCAAGCAAGAGCCAGGCUCGUCAUCUUCGCCAAAUGAUAUCCCUGCAAUGCUAUCGCCAGCUGGGCUGCCCGCGGACCACAAAUCUCCAUAUACAUCAACGACUAGUACUGGCCAGCAGCUCAAUGGGGAGUCCACCUCUACAUUACCUGUAAAACGCGAAUUUGUGCCCCCAGUCAACCCUCAUCGUGGCCAGCUUCUUCCCGAUCACCUUCGCGAAGCCCUCAGACGCUACAAACGCAAUGGUGAGGGCGGCGGGACAGGUAUGGCAGGGUUAAGUCAGCCGGCACUGGGUGUGAAAGGCUCUUUUACAUGGCAGCUAGGGGCUGGGGGCAAACAGCUGUUUCGAUGAUCAAGCCUUCUGCUCCUGAUUGCUGAUAGUGCUUACUCGUAUAAUUUUAAAUAAGGCAUUACUUGGAGUAUUUAGGUACUUUGCAUUUUUUUUGUUUUGUUUUGCAAACCAGGGUUUUUUGCUCUGUUAGGGUCCAGUUCUUAGUUAAGAUACCACGUCGUUCAACCCAAUAUCAAAUGCGCGUUCUCAAUAACCAUUUCAACCAAAUUCAUCUUGAGCUAUCUCGACUUUCCAUCCUUUCCGCUUAAUUCACCUGCCGUCGUAUCUUAGUGAGACGAAGUAAAAAUCUUUGCAGGUUUGAAUGUCAUCUCGCAGAGCCAAAAUCAUACUAACCAUCUCAACUUUCAUACUGCCUUUCA